AACAAAGUCAGCUGUUUUUGUUUAUCAACGUUUGUUUUUCUCGCAAAAAUGAUGCGAAAUGCCUUGUUAGUAAGCGGCAAACUGAGACAUUUGCUAUCCUGUUCUAUCGGGCGAAAUUCGACUAGAAGCAGCAGCACAGCGAAGUCGUUGGAUGCCGGCACCCAAAAGGAAGUGCGGCACCAUGAGAAUCACGCCUCGGAGUGGUGGAAUCAAAAUGGAACCAUGGGUGCUCUACAUGCCCUGAAUGAGAUUAGGGUUCCCUUUAUCAGAGAUGGCAUCGUUUCGCGUGGCACUGUGAAGCCAGGUUACGUAAAUACCACCAAAGUGUUGUUGGGUCAAAAUAUUCUGGAGGUCGGAUGUGGCGGAGGAUUGCUUACGGAACACUUGGCGCGCCUGGGUGCCCAGGUGGCUGGCAUAGAUCUUGGCGAGAAGUUAAUAGAAGCUGCUCGCGAGCAUCUCAAAUGCUCCAGUCCGGAGUUGGCCAGCAAUGUGGUGUACAAAAUUGAGCCGGUGGAUCAGCAUGCCAAGGCCAAUUGCGAAUGCUAUGAUGCGGUGAUAGUGUCUGAAGUUCUGGAGCACGUCAAAGAUAAAGUGUCCCUGCUGGAGGCCAGUGUACGCAGCCUAAAGCCUGGAGGAUCCAUCUUUAUCACCACUUUGAACAAAACCAUACCCAGUUGGUUCGGUGGCGUGUUACUCAGCGAGUAUGUUCUCAAUCUGGUGCCCAGGGGAACGCACCACUGGGACAAAAUGAUUUCGCCCUUGGACGUUCAGCGCAUCUUGGAUACGAGUAAGUUUAUCUCAGGCUUUAUAUUCAGAUUAGGCUAUUCUUUAUUCUCUCGUUCAUCUGCAGUGAACUGUCAGACGGUGUUGGUAAAUGGAAGCACCUACGACUUUUGGAGCAACACCUGGCGAUGGAUCAACAACAACCAGAUGUGCUACGCCUUGCAGGCGGUGAAACAAGCACAGCGCGAGUACAAUUGAAUUCGUAUAUUUAUUUAACUAAAAGCUAAGUCACGAGUGUAACAACUAAGUAGUAAACUAUUCGUCACCCGAGCGUGGUUUCUU